AUGGCCAAAAACAUCGUCAACACGCACAAAUACCCUUUCCAAUUUGUAGACCCCAUCUCUUCUAAGGACAAGACCAUAUCUAGGCUCGGUCGAGAAGUCACCGUCACUCUACCCAAUGUCCGCGGCCGCAUUCCUUCGAUCCAGGCGUCACGCCUGCGCACGAUGAUGUUGGAAGCCCACAGAGAUCCUACCAAAAUCCUGGCUCAUUGCUGCUCCAUGGAUGGAUUGUCAUCACGAUUGGUCGAGGAAGCUGGGUUUCCCAUGGUUUUCCUAGCUGGUUAUCCAUGCGCCAGUACUCAUGGUCUCCCCGACACUGGAUAUAUUGCGAUGCAGGAAAUGUGUGACAAGAUCCAAGAAGCCGUGCGACAAGUUAAAGUUCCUGUAAUGGCCGAUGGUGACACAGGCUACGGAAGUCCGAUGAACGUGAGGAGGACGGUGGAGUGCUUCGCGCUCGCUGGAGCUGCCGGUGUCAUGAUCGAGGAUCAAACAUGGCCCAAGAGGUGCGGACACACCAAGGGCAAGUCGGUGGUGAGCCGCGGCGAAGCUUACGCUCGAAUUCAGGCCGCGGUCGAUGCUAGAAACCAGGGUCUCGACAUCUUCGUCCUCGCUCGAACAGACUCUUUGAUUCUCGGCUGGGAGGAGGCCAUGACAAGAGCCAAGGAGUUCCGUCGUAUCGGUGUGGAUGCCGUCUUCGUCGAAGCGCUUCCAGAUCGUGAGUCAAUGAAGCGUGCGGUGCAGGAAAUUGGAAUCCCAACAUUUGCCAACAUCAUCGAGGGCGGCCUCACUGAGAAUCUGUCUGCCAAGGACCUCGCUGAGCUGGGAAUGUGCGCAGUUGCCUACCCAUGGCGUCUGGUUGCGGCCAAGAUCAAGAGUAUACGAGAAGCUUUGGAAACUCUCAAAGAAAGCAUGACUGUCGGUGCGCCGCCAUCUAUUUUGUCUUACAGCGAAGUAUGUGAGGGUGUCGGGUUCAACAAGUACUGGGAUCUGGAGGAAAGAUACAAGUAUAACGAGAAGGGUUUGGUGAACUCAACAUCAGAUACGAACGGUGUCGAUGGGCUUUCAAUGAAGUCUGGGAUGCAUUAG